AUGUUCUCCACCAUUCUCACAAACGGCGUCCCCUCAAAAUCCCACCUCCCUCAUCCCAAAACCCGUUUCCCCCAUUUCCCAAUCCGCUCCGGAAUCCGCGAAAUCCGCGACCGAAUCAACAGCGUCAAAACCACCCAAAAACUCACCGAAGCAAUGAAACUAGUCUCCGCCGCCCGAGUCCGCCGCGCCCAAGAAGCCGUCAUCAACGGCCGCCCCUUCUCCGAAACCUUCGCCCAAGUCCUCCAAUCCAUCAACCAACAGCUCCAAUCCGACGACGUCCAAGUCCCUUUAACCGCCGUUCGUCCCGUCAAAAACGUUGCCCUCGUUGUCAUCACCGGUGACCGCGGCUUAUGCGGCGGUUUCAAUAACUCCGUCGCCAAGAAAGCAGAAGCCAGAGUUCGCGAAUUGAACAAACUAGGUAUAGGUUGUGUUGUUAUCAGUGUUGGUAAAAAGGGUAACUCUUAUUUCAAACGUACGAGUUUUGUUCAAGUUGAUAGAUUCAUCGAAAACCGCGGGUUUCCCACCACAAAAGAUGCUCAGAUUAUUGCUGAUGAUGUUUUUUCACUUUUUGUUACUGAGGAAGUUGAUAAAGUUGAACUUGUUUACACAAAGUUUGUUUCUUUAGUUAGGUUUAAUCCUGUGAUUCAAACAUUGUUACCAUUAUCGAAAAAAGGCGAGGUUUUGGACGCCAAUGGGAACUGCGUCGAUGCCAUGGGAGACGAGUAUUUUAGGUUAACUUCUAAGGAUGGAAAGUUGGCUUUGAAGAGAGAUGUUGUAAAGAAGAAAUCGAAUGAUGAGUGUGUUCCGAUUAUGGAAUUUGAGCAAGAUCCUGCUCAGAUUCUUGAUGCAAUGAUGCCGCUUUAUUUGAAUAGUCAGGUUUUGAAGGCGUUGCAAGAAUCAUUGGCGAGUGAACUUGCUGCUAGAAUGGGUGCUAUGUCGAAUGCCACUGAUAAUGCUGUUGAGUUGACUAAGAAUCUUUCUGUUGUUUAUAAUAGGGAGAGGCAAGCUAAGAUUACUGGGGAGAUUUUGGAGAUUGUGGCUGGAGCUGAAGCAUUGAAACCAAUUGAUUGA